GGCCGAUAGUAAACUAAGAGAUCACACAGCGUCUGACAGUCAUUCAGUGCGUUCGCAUGUUUCGUUUACAGACUAAAUAGAUUCAGCCGCGCGGAGGAGUACAAGUUUUUUUCCUCAUUAUUUCUUUUUUUCUACAUUUUACAUUUCCCUUUUCGGUGAUGUCAUUUCUUAUUCAAAUUCGCCUUGAAAGCCUCGAACAACUCGCUCGCUAGGCUAGCUGUCCUGCUAGCCAGCUAGCGGUAGGUCUGCAAGAAUUUUUUUGCACAGACGCACUUUAUGUCCGAUGUGAUUCCCGAGAAAGGAGAAUCAGGAAAGGGAACAGUAGUUCAUGGAAGACAAGAAAAAGAAGAAAGAAGACAAAAAGAAAAAAGAAACAUCUCAAAAGGUGCCAGAACAGAAAAUCAAAGUGCCAGAAUCAGCCAAACCCUCCUGCUCCCAGCCCCUCUCCAGCCCAGGCUCAGUGUCCCCCAGCCCUGGCCCCGCUGCUCCCUCCUCUUCCUCAAGUCCUGGUGCAGCUGUGGUUUCUGCACAAGUCCCUCCUGGUGGCGGGAACAAUGCAAAGCAGCGGACUGCUGUGGCCAACGGACAGCCCUCCUCCUCCUCCCCUUCAGGAAGCCAGCCCUCCCAACAGAGAUACAUGUCCAGAGAAGUUCCGCCCAGGUUUCGCUGCCAGCAGGACCACAAAGUGUUACUGAAGAGGGGCCAGCCACCGCUGUCCUCCAUGCUGGUGGGGGGUGGCGGAGGGGAAGGGGGCAUGGCUGGAGGCGGAGGCAGUGGAUGGGCAACCACUCCACCUGUUUCCACACAAGGAGCAGAUAACGCUAAUGCAAGCACAGCUGGAGGUGCAGAUCCGAAUCAGACCUUAUUCUCCCCCUCACCUCCCAACUCCUCUCCUUCAUCAUGUGUUGCUGCUCUGUCUUCUUCUACUACUACUACUACUACAACUUAUGCAAAUUCCACUUGGGGGGCAGGCUCUGGCAGCCAGUCCUCUUCUCAGGGCUGCGGAACAGUGAUUGUGGAUGGAACUGACCUGGAGGAGUGGCCAAGCAUCCUCGGCGGCGACAAGUUGAGUUCUGACGUGGGCGGAGGUGGGACGCAGGAGCCAGACUGCCUCGGUAACAACAACAACAGUAGUGCCUCAUGGAGCGAGAGAAACAUCCAGCAGAAGGGAGGAACAGCAGGAAGGGCAGAAGGAGCGGGGAACGUGGACAGUUCUUCCCCGACUCGGUCUUCUCCGCCUUCCUUCUCUUCCUCACUUAGUGAAUGUGUUCAGACAAGUGAUGUGUGGGGCUCCUCCACCUCCUCCCAGGUGGAGACAGGGCUGGGAUCAGCAGCAUUUUACAAUUCCAAAGUCUCCCAUCUUCUACCAGGGCCUCAGGAAGGCCCCGCGAGUGGCGGCAGCAGCAGCAGCAGUGACCCUGGUGCCAAUUUGAACCCCAACAUGAACCCCUCCGCCUGGCCCUGCCUGGGGCAGGGUGGGACAUCGAGUUCAGCUAAAAACAGCCUUCCACUGCACUCAUCCAUCACUUCAGCUUCUUCAUUCUCUGCCAGCACUGCCCUCAUCUCCACUCAUCCUCAUUCAUCUGUGAAUCAAACCAGUCUUCAUCAGCAGCACACUGACAAAGCCGCUGCAGUCCGAGGUGGAGAACCACCACCACCACCUCAGCAGCAGCAGCCGCAGCAGCAGCAGCCGCAGCAGCAGCAGCCGUCGAACCCAGGGCUGGAGCUGGGUUCAGGUGAGGGAGCAGGAGAAGGAGAAGGACCAAAUCAAGAAGGUGACAACAGUGGGGGCUGUGGGGUUGAUGGUGUCGAAGAAGAAGGAAAGAGUAAACAUUGUGGCACCUCGUCUUCCUCUUUAGCCGCCGCCGCCUCCUCCUCCUCCUCGUGGAGACCCAUGCCCUCGGCCUCCUCUGACCUUAGUGCAGGUACGUCAGUGGCAGAGGGAUGGGUUGGAGCAGGGACCAGUUCUCAAGGACAGGAAGGGAACGUGUGGGCCUUUGGUAACCAGGAUGAGAAAGCAGGGUGGGGAAGGGGAAGUGAAGGUGGUUCAAAUACCCAGGUGGUAUCUCAGGGAGCGUGGAAGGGAGGCAGUCCUGACGCGGACUGGGGCGGGGCAGGCGCAGCAGCGGGGGUAAGUUCGAGCAACAUAGCAAUAGGACGUGGAAGAGAAGGAGAUGAGAGCAGCAGCAGCAGCAGCAGUGGAGGUGGAGGUGGUGGUGGAGGCAGUGCUUUACAGGAUUCUGCUUCACCAAAGUUUGAAACUAUGACAAAAGCUUGGGACAAUCAGACGGGGAUGGAGAGUGGGGAAGGGGCAGUUUGGGAGUGGGGUAGUGGAGAGGGAGGGCAGGCUGAAGGAGCUGGAGGUGGAAGCGGAGGCGGAGGACCUUCAGGCCCUUCAUCUUCCAGUGGUGGAGGCUCCAUAGCUGGAAGUGGUGGAGAAGGGAGUGAGAGUGGGAGCGGUAAACAGGCCCAGUCCUCUUCUUUGCACCACUCUAAGCAAACCUCCACGGAAGUGGCUGAAGUGGCCUUAAAUAGCAUGCUGAGUCGGUCAGACCUGGACCCCAGGGUACUGUCCAACAUGGGGUGGGGGCAGACCCAGAUUCGACAGAACGUGGCGUGGGACGUCGAUGUGAACGCAGCAAAAGGAAAGAGAAGUGAAGGGAGUGCUUCGUCGAGCUCUGCGUUUUCAUCAGCAUCUCUAAACACUACCAGUACCUGUGGUCCUAGCUAUCCAGCUAACACCAGUUCUGUAACUAAUGACUCGCCUUCUGGCAGCCACACCACCACUUUAAAUACUGCAGUGGUGAACAAGGGGGGCUGGGAGGGCGGUGCUGUGAGAAAACCAGCCCCGUCAGAAGAGGAUUUCAAGAGCAGCCAAGGUAGAGCAGCCGGAGGCUGGGGAGAUCCCUCACCUGAAACCCAGGGCAAAAGUUGGGGGAGUGAGGAGCAGAGUUGGAGGGAUUACAGAGGAGCAGCGGGAGGAAACAGGCGAAACAUUGGAGAACAGGGUAGUAAUUGGACCGAGGGUCCAGAAGAUAAGGGGACAGGGGCAUGGAAAGGCACUGGGAGAGGGGAGGCAGGAGGUUGGGGUGGAGACUGGGGACAGAGAGACUCUGUACCUGGAGGUGGGUGGGGAGAUGGACAGAGCCGAGGUGGAAGCAGCUCCGAGGGAUCCUCCUGGACUAACAUGGACGAGGUGGCGUCAAAGCGAUCAGGAUGGGAGGGAGGCAGUGCAAGUGGAGGUCAAUCCCACCAGGACUGGGGGAGUUCCAACCCUCAUCCGUCAGCAACCCAAAAACCAAACAUCCAAGUGGUACCAAUGAAAACUCCAAAUCAGCAGCAGCACCAAUCACAGGGCCAGCAGCCUCCCGGUCCAAUGCAGGGUGGAUGGAGCGGCCGGGCCAACGUUGGAGGAGGGGGUCCACCUUCCAAGAAUCACAACCAAAGUUCGGGUUGGACCGCUGGGCCAAUCCCCCAAAUCUCUGGCGGGGACAGUCUGGAGCCCAGCGGCUGGGAAGAACCCUCACCUCAGUCCAUCAGCCGAAAGAUGGAUAUCGACGAUGGCACUUCAGCCUGGGGAGACCCGACCCGCUACAACAGCAAGAAUGUGAACUUGUGGGACAAGAACAGUGCCACACCCAGCCAAAGCCACGGUCAGCAGGUGCCGCCUCCAGGCAUGCAGCAACAACAACAACAACAACAACAACAACAACCACAACCACAACAACAGCAACAGCCACCCAGGAGGCAACAGGCCAUGCAGCACAGCAGAGACACAAACACUCGCACUGGUUCAGUUGGUAUGUGGGGGGGCGGUACACAGUCUCUGGAUAACGGUACAGCUGCGUGGGGUCAGACAUCAGAUGCAGCAACUGGUUGGGGGGAACCAGAUGAACCCAGUAAAGGUUCUGGCUGGAGGAACCCUUCACCCAACCCUGUUAAAACUGGCAACAAACCAGUGGAAAGCUGGGGUGGAAAGACAGAAGGCUCUGUCGCAGCCUCCCGUCAUUCAAGCUGGGACGAGGAGGAGGACAGUGGAGGGGGGGUCUGGAACAGCACUGGCUCACAAGGAAACAGCUCCUCCUUCAACUCUGGAGGCUGGGGUCAUGCUCACGGAGGGAAAAGGGGCAACAUCAAGAGUGGAGGUGGAGACAGUUGGAUGAACCCCGUUUCACGCCAGUUUUCAAACAUGGGCCUUUUGGGUGACGAAUUAAAUGAGGACAAAAAGAUUGAAGACAAAAGAGGAAUGUCUGAUUAUAAUGGGGAGAUGCGCCGGGGAGGACGAGGUGGAGGCUACCGCAUGCCUGCAUCCAAAGACAUGGGGUCUGUUGACAUGGGGUCGUAUGGAGAUAAGAUGAGCGGCCACGGAGUGUAUGUCGGCAGCGGUGGAGGGAUGGCUCAACCUCGUGGGAUGCACCAACCUGGCCUGCACCCGAUGAGCUCCCAGGGGUUACGUGCUCAAGUGCCUCAUCAGUUCCUGUCUCCGCAGGUGCCGAGUCCCAUGCUGAAGCAGAUGCCGUCCCAAGGCAGCAGCGUUGUUGGAGGAGUGGGACCCGUGGCUGGCGUUGGAAACGUGGGAGGAGUGGGUGGUGUUGGUGGAGGAGUGUUCCCACCACAAAUAUCCCCCCAGCAGCUUGCCAUGCUCAGCAACAUUUACCCUCACGUGCAGCAGUUCCAUCUGGCUUGUCAGCUUCUACUACAACAGCAGCAGCAGCAGCAGCAACAGCAGCUCCUACAGAACCAGAGGAAGUUUGCUCAGCCUCAGUCUCUCAGGCAGCAGACAGACCCACAGCAGCUGGCAAGGAUUAUGGCUAUCCUGCAGCAGCAGCGGCAGCAUCAGCAGGGUGGAGUUGGAGGAGCAGCAGGGGGAGGAAGCUCCAAACUGUCGCCCACUCACCUGGGAGGAAAACAGCCUAUGGUUGACCCUCUCUCCCAUUCUGGAAUAGGAGGACAUUUAUCAGACCUGCACGCCAAAACACAAGGGAUGUACUCUGGGCUGGAGCUCGGUUCCAUGAUCGGAGGGAUGAAGGACACGGGAGGACAGCAGUCCCGUUUCAAAUGGAUGAUGGAGGGCCACUCACCGGCUCCGUCGCCCCCUGACACCACACUUCACAAGAACGGCCCUCUACCGAGCGCUCUGAAGGUGAGAGGAGGAUCCCCGUACUCCCAGUACGAGUUGCUGGGCGGUGAUGGUUUAGGAAUUCCACCACAGGCCUCCACAGACAACUGGCAACGAACUCCAGGCAGUAAAAUGGGAAACAAGCCGGCCACGUCCAGCUGGCCUCCAGAGUUCCAGCCCGGUGUUCCCUGGAAGGGAAUCCAGAGUGGUGGAGACCCAGAGUCUGACCCCUACAUGACCCCUGGUAGCGUUCUGAACUCUCCAGGACCCACAAGUCUCAACGACUCUGACCACCAGUUACUGCGAGACAACAUAGGGCCAAACCCCUCUCUCAACACCUCACUGCCUUCACCAGGUGCCUGGCCCUACAGUGCCUCAGACAGUCCCCUCAGCAAUGCACACAGCGCAGGAAAGUACUCGGAGUACAAGCCCAGCUGGCCCCCAGAGCCCAUCGGACAAAACAAAUUUUGGAAGACCAAUCGCAGCGGCAUACAGCUGCCACGCCCCCCUCCUGGCUUAACUAAUCAGAAACAGGCCUCGUCCUCCCCCUGGAGUAGUGGAGGCCCACGGUUGGCCCGGAGCUGGGGAGGAGGUGGAAUUAAUCAGGAGUCGAGAUUCGGGCCAGGCUCAGCUUGGAGCGACAGUGGGGCUUCCAGGAGCAGCUGCUGGUUACUCCUGAGCAAUCUGACCCCGCAGAUUGAUGGAUCCACACUGAGGACCAUCUGCAUGCAGCACGGCCCCCUCCUCACCUUCCACCUUGGCCUGACACAGGGCAGUGCUCUGAUUCGCUACAGCAGCCGACAGGAAGCUGCCAAGGCCCAGGGUGCACUGCACAUGUGUGUUCUGGGCAACACAACAAUCCUGGCGGAGUUUGUGACUGAGGAAGAAGUUGCUCGCUAUUUUGCACAUUCCCAGACCAGUGGGGCAGAAGAGGUCGGCUCAGGAGGAGCUCCAUCUGCUGGACUGCAGGGUUCCUCUGGUUCAGGCGCUGCUGUGGCCAACAGUGGAGGCAGCUCCCCGGGCAGCGAGCAGGCACCAGCGAGUACGACUGCAGGAGGAAAUGGAAGUGGCAGCAGCGGCGGUGGAGGAGGAGGAGGAGUGGAGGGAGGAGGAGGAGCAGCAGCUGUUCUCGGAAGUGUGAGGUCCUCCAGCUCUGGGUGGCAAAGUCUUGACGGUACAGGCGGUUCUUCAGACUCCUCUACAGGUCAAGGACCUGGGUUGGGGAUGUUUUCCCAAUGGAGCACAAAUGGGUCAGGGGAGGGUGGAGGAGCAGGAGGGGUCGUGGGAGUGGGGGGGGUCGAGGCCGGCAGAUCUGGCUUGUGGGGGGGCAUGACUGCUGGGUACCCCGGCAGCAGUCUGUGGGGGGCACCCCAAAUGGAGGAGAGGCACCAAAUGGACAGCCCCGCUGCAUUAUUACCUGGUGACCUGCUGGGAGGAGGAGCAGAUUCCAUCUGAGGAGGCCUGCUCCUGUUGUAACGUGUAGGUUUGGACACACUGAUACGGCAUACACUGGGUUACACAUGUACUUACUAUAGCACACACACACAUACACACACAUACAGUACAUUUUCGUGGUAUGCAUAUAGAUGUAUUACACAUAUACCACACGUGCGUACAUGUACCGUGUAUGCAUUUGGACGUGCACACAUGAAGCGGAAAUGUGAGACAUGCUUACACACAUUCUUGUGGCCAGACUUAAGCUAUUAUAUAAACAAAUGCAGGGACUGUUAGAUGUGUAUACAGCCUUUUUUCACAGAUGAAGAUUUCAACUGCUUAGACUUGAAUCCUGAAAAAAGAAUGAAAAGUCAGUGGGUCUGAAAGACUUGACUGCGUUGUUAUGUGCUUAGUAAAAAAAAAAAUAGAAAAAAAAAGGAGGGGGACUUUUCAACAGAUUUACAUACACGUGCACACACCAAAUACAGACUAGCCUUCAGACAGUUGGGCACUGUAAACAGCAUUACCUUCUUCGUGUAAGAGAACUUAAAACUACUAAAUGAUGUGAGGUUAAAAGUUCCGUUUGUAUUCACGUGUCGCCCGGUGAUCGACGGAGACGGAAUUCAAACACAUGCAAACAGCUCUGACGACAGAACUGUAACUUACUGUGUAUGUUAAGAUUUAUUUUUGUUUGUAUGGUUUUAAAACAUUUUUUUUUUGUUUUCUUUCUCAAACAGUGGAAAAUAUUGAAAAAUGUCUUUGUUCUUGUUUUUCAAAAAUGCUGACCUCCUACUGUUGUAUCUCACGCACUCUCUCUGUUAUACUCUCUUGAACAUGUUUGUUACUGUUGCAGUGAUAAAUGUUAAAUAGUGGGCAGUUUGAUGCUAUGUUGCAUUUCUCCAUGUGUGAGUACUGCACGCAGUAUGACACACACAGGUGUGUGUGUGUGUGUGUGAGCGAGACUGAGACCAAGUUUGUGGAUCAAACCACCACCGUUCGAGUGUGUGUGUGUGUGUGAGUGAAAGUGUGAGAAUAAUUGCGUGUGCAUGUUGAUGCCUGUCAUUUUGUGGGCAAGGCUGCUUACUUUACAGAAGGUCUAUACAUAAAUGUUUUGAGUGCAUUCGAUAUACUGCUGACUGUGUUAAGAAAUAUUGGCACUAAUGCUUUUUUUUUCCUCUCAUUUGAAGUUUUUUUUUAAGCAGACUUGUCUUUUUAUUGUCUGACCUGCAAUAAUAUUAAAAAAAGGAACAUUUUAAUGACACAAAGAGCUGAAGGCAUAUGCGUUAAAAAGAAUGGACAUGCCAAAUCUUAUCAAACUGUGUGCAGUGGGGGGAAGAGGGGAGGGCAAGGAAGGGGAGGGAGGAGCGGGUGGGAGGGAGGGUUGUUUACAGCUGCAGAGUAAGAGUUACCAUACGUUUUUAAUGUUGUUGUGUAUUCGUUUUAAAUUAAGACAGGCUUUAACACUCCUGUUCAGUGUUUUUGUUUUGAGAUUUUACAAAGGAAAAAAAAUAUUUAAACAAAUGAGAACAAGAUUAAUAAAGAUGAAAGUAUUGGCUUCUA